UACAAAGGAUAGACGGUCGGGAAAGUUCGAUAAGCACCGAGCCUAACCAGUACUCUCGUGCUUGUGAGAAGACUAGGAGGCAAAGAUGUCGGAGCGAAAAGUUUUAAACAAAUACUACCCACCUGACUUUGACCCGUCGAAGAUCCCCAAGCUCAAGCUGCCCAAAGACCGGCAGUACGUGGUGCGGCUAAUGGCCCCCUUCAACAUGAGGUGUAAGACAUGUGGAGAGUAUAUCUACAAGGGCAAAAAGUUCAACGCCCGCAAAGAGACGGUGCAGAACGAGGCCUACCUGGGCCUACCCAUCUUCCGCUUCUACAUCAAGUGCACACGCUGCCUUGCAGAGAUCACCUUCAAGACAGACCCCGAAAACACAGACUACACCAUGGAGCACGGAGCCACUCGGAACUUCCAGGCCGAGAAGCUCCUGGAGGAGGAGGAGAAGAGAGUGCAGAAGGAGCGGGAGGACGAGGAGCUGAACAACCCCAUGAAGGUACUGGAGAACAGAACCAAGGACUCCAAGCUGGAGAUGGAGGUUCUGGAGAACCUGCAGGAGCUCAAGGACUUGAACCAGCGACAGGCCCAUGUGGACUUUGAGGCCAUGCUGCGGCAGCACCGCCUGUCAGAGGAGGAGAGGCAAAAGCGGGAGCAGGAAGAGGACGAGAGGGAGACGGCGGCCUUAGUGGAAGAAUCUAGGAAACGAAGACUCCUGGAAGACUCUGAUUCAGAGGAGGAUGCUGCUCCCACCCAGCCCUGGCCUGCCCUCCGGCCCAACCCCACCGCCAUCCUGGACGAGGCCCCAAAAGCCAAGAGGAAGGUGGAGAGCUGGGAGCGCAGCGUGGGCACCCUUGGCAGCAGGCCGCAGCUGUCAGGCUUAGUCGUGGUGAAGAAAACAGACUUGGACCGCAGCAUCCAGCGAGGCCUGGCCCCACCAAGCACAGUGAUGAACGGAAAGACAGCCGAGCCUUCGCCCCAGGCGCCUGGCCCCUCCUCCCUGAGCCAACUGGGUGUGUAUUCCGACAGUGAGGACAGUAGCGGCAGCAACUGAGCCCUGCCCCCAGGCCCUUCCUGGGUCAAGGCCACAGCCAGCUCCAGCCUUCCCUUGGGACCAACCAGAGUCACUACCGGACAAGCAUGAGUGUCCUUCAGAGCUGGCGGGGCCUGCAAGGCAUCAUCUGAGGAACUCAGUUUCUCUCCUGCCCCCACCCUCCAGCCCUCCCCAGCUCACCCCUGGACAGCCCCGGAGCAGCUGCCCGCAGGCUUCACGGUCGUCUCUAGGACAGUCCCGAGAUGUCGGCUGUUUGUUGGGCACAUGAGUGAGCCCAUCCACCAGUGGUGGUCUGGUUGCAUCCCUUCCCACCACAGAACCACCUGGAACCAAUAAAAUGAACUUGUAGUCUGGCCUGGGCACCGUCUCUCUGCCAGCACCUGAGGAGAGGGCUGCAGAACCACACAACCCCGUGGGUCCUGGUGUCCUGACUCGGAGAAACUACGAGAUAGUAAACAUUCACCAUUGAGUGUGUCACUUCGGGGAUAAUUUGUGAAACAGCAAUAAAAGGUUAGUAUGGUCAUAUGACCAGCAAGUCUGA